GUCGUCCGGAGGGGAGAGGGAGAAAAGAUUAAAUUUCCGAAAUCGAUGGAGCACAUAUUAACUUUUGAAAUAUAAAGGAGACGACUGUUUCGCACGUUUUGCCAUGGUUCGAGGUGGACCGGCUAAUAGAGCUGUGAAAAGAGCUAAAGUAUUUGCACUUGCAAAGAAGUUUGGAGCUAAAGGUCGGUCCAAAAAUGUCUACAGUCUUGCUGUGAGAAUGGUGCAAAAGUCUCUUCAAAGACAAUACAUGGCAAGAAGAACAACAAAGCGUGACAUGAGAUCUUUGUGGAUAACAAGAAUUAAUAUUGCAGCAAGAGAACACAACAUUCCUUACAGUGUGUUUAUGAAUCAACUCACCAAGAAUAACAUACAACUGAAUCGGAAAAUGCUUUCAGAACUAGCCAUUCAUGAGCCAAAAACAUUCAAAGCUUUUGCUGAUUUUGCCCGUGAAAAACACCAAGAUGGUAUUCGAGCAGCCCUUGAGAAAUAGGGUCAAAGUCCACCAAAGAAUUUGUAUGAUUUAGUGUAUGCAUUGAAUGUACAGUUGAUAUUGAGAGUUCUAUGAAGCAAACUUAAUUAAGGAAAUUUUACACAGCUGUUCAAAAACAUAUUUUCUAAAAUCAUAAAGCUAUUCAAAAAAUAUAUUUUCUAAAACCA